AUUUUCCUUUAACUGGCCGUUUUCGAAACUAGAUUUCAGAUGCUUCUAGAACAUUUUUACUGAUGAUUCCGGACCUAUAUAGAAAUAAGUAAACUUCCUACGCAAUUAAGCCAUCGAAUUGACCAAGUAAAUUGAUUAAUUGCCAAGGAAUAAUGAAGAAUAAUCUUAGUACGAUAAAUUGAUGAACCCUGGGCCACCUUUACGCGACAGAAACAGUUCUUGCUCAUAAAUAUUUUCUGUUUGGGUGUUUGAAUAUGAAUAGGAUGUUGUGAUAUCUAUUCUGAAGAUCCGAUGGAUUAGGCCCCUUCUGCUUCCCCAAACAAUCAAAAUGAACGGACGUCCCAGGGAAAAAGUGGCGGCGAUGUUCCGCAAGAUCUUCAAAUCCUCCAGGAAUAGAGAUGGCGAAGGUCCAAGCAAAGCCGCCGGGGCCUCUGGUAGUGGUUCCCCAGCCAGACGACUCCUUAGGGGAUGCAGAGAUCAAGUAACUCCAGCUGCUCAACAACCAUCCCAGGCGUUCAAAAAGGGCGAUGAGCUGCCCCAACCCAAAAACGUACGUGCCAAAAGACUCAUGAAGGAAUUCCGAGACCUCCAAAGGUCUCAGAACUCCAAACCUGACCCGGUGUUCACCGUGGAGCUGGUCGAUGACAACCUCUUCGAAUGGUAUGUCAAAGUUUUCAAAAUUGACAGUGAAAGUGAACUCGGAAAAGACAUGAGAGAAAUGAACAUUAAGUAUAUUUGGUUGCACAUUAUGUUCCCGGACAAUUUUCCUUUCGCCCCGCCUUUUAUGAGGGUUAUGUCCCCAAGAAUAGAGAAGGGUUUUGUUAUGGAAGGUGGUGCCAUCUGCAUGGAGCUCUUGACGCCUAGAGGCUGGGCUAGUGCGUAUACUGUGGAAGCUGUCAUCAUGCAGUUUGCAGCAAGUGUGGUUAAGGGUCAAGGGAGGAUCCAGAAGAAGAAAAAAGGCCAGAAAAUGUUCAAUCGAUUUGCAGCUGAGGAAAGUUUCAGAUCUCUAGUCAAAACCCAUGAGAAAUAUGGAUGGGUAACCCCAAGUCUAGCUGAUGGUUAAGGUAUCAAUACAUGAAUUAUUCUUGUUUUUACGGUGGACCAUGGGGAUUUAUCAGAUUUUAAAUCAGGAAAGAUAUGAUUGAAAAUCAUACAACAGGGAAAUGAUGAUUAGUGAAUUGGUUUGACUGUUACUUAAUAGAAUUCUAUAAACUUCAUCAAGUUAUUAUGGUGUGAUAAGUGCUUUGUCCAUUGGCAAGUUCUUGUUUUUCUCAUUCAAAGUAGCCUGUUUAACUAAGCCAAGAACAUAGUUUUGAAACCAUGAAUGAAUCAAUUUGAACGAAUACUGCUCCACUACAGCUCUAAUUUCAUUAGGGAUAGAACGUACUUGCUCCAAAUUUUGAAAUUUUAUAGGAUAAUUAAGAAAAACACCAAAAUAACUACAAAUUCCAUUCUUCAAUAAUUGUUU